AAAGCGCCUUCAGAUUCACCGAAAUGUAAACAAUAGUUUUCUUAAUCGGUUUCAUGUUCAUGGGAUUUCAAUUGAUUUGCUUACUUUUGAUUUCUAAUUAAAUUGUUACCACAAUGAAAGCGAUCGUUCAAAGAGUGGCCUCAGCUUCGGUGACGGUUAACAAUGAGAUCAUUUCUGAAAUUGGUAAAGGAAUUUGUGUUCUCGUUGGUUUAUCUAGAGAUGAUUCGGUGGCCGAUGUUGAUUAUUUAGUCCGUAAGUUGAUCAAUAUGAGGAUAUUUGAAGGUGAUGAUGGUAAAAAGUGGAACCUCAGUGUUAAAGAUAAAGGUUACGAAGUCCUUUGUUGUAGUCAAUUUACCUUGUAUGCUUUAAUGAAAGGUAAUAAGCCUGAUUUUCAUCAGUCAAUGGCACCAGAUAAAUCUCGUGAAUUGUAUCAACUUUUUGUGGACAAAAUGAAGCAAAAUUAUAAACCUGAUCUAGUCAAAGAGGGAAGAUUUCAGACUUUUUGUCAUGUGAAUAUUGUCAAUGAUGGUCCUGUAACAAUUUGCUUGGAAUCGCCUAAGGCCAAAAGCUCAACUGAUGAAAUUAAAGAUAAUGAUUCUUGAUGAUGAUGAUUCCAAAUUCAGAAUUAUAUUAAUUCAAUCAUCAUUUUGUACUUUUCAAAGUUCAUCACCAAUCUCUAAUAGUUAAACAGACAAACCUCAAUAUGAAAUCACAACAAUUUGAUUGAUUAAUUUUCCGUAAUUUCUAAAACAAAAUGAUUGAUUGUGAUAAAAUUGAAAUGAAAAAAUUCCGAUUGACAUUUUUUUCAUAUUUCGCGCGAAAUUGUAAACAAAAUUUUCAACUAACAAUUAAUUGAUUAUUAAACCAAUUUGAACUUUA